CGACGGAGAUUGGCGGUAUGCCCUUAAUUCAAAUAUUCCUAUUCCAUGUACUUCUGCUUCUGCACUGUUUCAAAGUAAUUGCGUUCCGUAAAUGUAACGAACCCGCCCCGGUUCGCCAGCACGGGUUUACCGUGGUAAAUGGUCGAAGUUCUAGCUCUCUUCAGCUUGUUUUUUUUGCGAUGUGUUUGAUCCUCCAUCUGCAGAUGACGAGUAUUCGGAGCUGUGGGGACUCCACAAAACCUAUCAAAAACAAAACCCGCCUCCUCAUGUUCAAAACGAAGUCUGUCUGAUGCUGGGUUCUUUGGGCACGCAAGUCAAUUCUGUCUUGCAGUGAGCGGCUGCUGCAGCGAGAAUCCGCUGCGGCUCCCUGUUUGGUAUGGCAGACAGCUGUCUUGGUACGGCAGACAGCUGUCUUGUAGACUGACUGGCGUCACCAGCGCUCGCCUCGCCGGAUGCCUCGGGGACAAUUGCUGCCAUGCAAGGCGGAGGCGACUUGCGGCCACAAGUCAGCAUCGCAGACUUCUCGUUUGAGUAUGGGGACAAUGGUUGGGACCUUUCCUCACCAUAAGAGCGAGAUUGAUGACGCGUUGA